AUGGCAGCCCCUACACAGUUGGCUUACCGUACGGUUAAGGGAGUUGGCAUCUUGGAUGCGGCCCCAGUCUAUGCACCUUUGUCUGGAUUUGAGAAACCCGAGGGAAACCUGCGUUGCAGCGCCUACUCCCCUUGUGGUCGCUAUUUCGCCUGGGCCUCUCCCGAGAAGGUGACAAUCGUUGAUCCGUCCGUCGGACAUGUCGUCUCCACUAUUGUUGCGGAGAAUGUGUUUGAGCUGGGGUUCUCUCCGCUUGGAACCUAUUUGAUCACCUGGCAGCGUCCGACCAAGGAUGAGAAGGGUGAUGCUGUCAAGAACCUGAAGGUCUGGCAGGUCGUGUCUAGCGGUGAUGAGAAUGUAGUUGUGGGCAGCUUCGUCCAGAAGUCGCAGACGGGCUGGAACCUUCAGUACACCUCCGAUGAGCGUCAUUGCGCGCGCGUCGUCACCAAUGAGGUCCAGUUCUACCAGAGCGAGAACCUCUCCCAGGUCUGGAACAAGCUGCGAGUGGAGGGAGUGACUGAUUUCUCCCUUUCUCCCGGCAAGAACGCCUCCAUUGCUGUCUUCAUUCCGGAGCGCAAGGGUCAACCUGCCGCCGUCAAGGUGUUCUUGGUGCCUCAGUUUGGAGCGCCUGUCUCGCAGAAGACUUUCUUCAAGGGUGACAAGGUUCAGCUGAAGUGGAACGAGCAGGGCACGACUUUGAUUGUGUUGGCCCAGACAGAUGUUGACCGGUCGGGCAAGAGCUAUUACGGCGAGACCACCCUGUACCUGCUCAGUGCUGGAGGUGGCUUCGACUCCCGUGUGGAUCUCGACAAGGAAGGUCCUAUUCACGACGUGACCUGGUCCCCCAACUCCAAGGAGUUUGGUGUGGUUUAUGGUUACAUGCCGGCAAAGACCACCAUUUUCAACUUCCGUGGUGUCCCCAAGCACAGCUUCCCGCUCGGCCCUCGCAACACCAUUCAAUUCUCUCCUCAUGGUCGCUUCGUCCUCGUGGCCGGCUUCGGUAACCUUGCGGGUCAGAUGGAUAUUUACGACAUGGACAAGAACUACCACAAAAUCGCCACCGUGGAGGCCUCCAACUCGAGUGUCUGCGACUGGUCUCCUGACGGUCAGUUCAUCCUCACCGCCACGACCAGCCCACGUCUGCGUGUGGACAAUGGACUGCGUAUCUGGCACGUAAGCGGCGCUUUGAUGUACAAUGAGGACAUGACCGAGCUGUACGAUGUGGUGUGGCGUCCCCAGUCACUUGAGCAGCACCCCCUUGGCGACCCGUUCAACCCUCUGCCGACUCCUCAUCCCUCUGCGGUGGCCUACCUCAGCACUAAGAAGGCUCCUGUUAAGCCCGCAGGUGCCUAUCGCCCCCCCGGUGCUCGUGGCCAGCUAACCCCUCUUGCUUUCAAGCGUGAAGAUCAGGGUGGUGCGGCGUAUAUCCGGGAUGGCGCGCCCACUGGCGGCGUGGUGAACGGCUUCGGACGCUCCCGCCGACGUGAGGUGCCUGGUGCCGAACCUGCCGAGGAGUUUCUGCCUCCGGGAGCCGCUCCUGGAGGCGGCGUGGCUCUGCCUCCUGGCGUUGAGCAGCCCGAGAAACUGUCCAAAUCGGCCGCCCGCAACAAGAAGAAGCGGGAGGCCAAGAAACAGAAGGACGAGCAAGGCGAUGGUGAGCAGGCUGCUGGCCAGUCCACCCGUAGCCCCGAUCGUCGCGGCGACAAGGCGCAUGAGCGCAACCGAUCUAAGGGCCAGAACAAUGAGCGCAAAAACCACCAGCAGGCCAAUGGAACCGCUACCAAGGCCCAUGCCCACGCCAAAGCCAAUGACAACGCUGCGGCGGAGGCUGCUCUGGAUGCUAGUGGAGCACCCACUGCGCAGGACAAAAAGAUCCGUGGACUUCUGAAGAAGAUCCGGGCGAUCGACGAGCUGAAAAUGCGCCUUGCCGGUGGGGAGAAGUUGGAGGAUACGCAGAUGAAGAAGAUCCAGACCGAGGAGGCGGUGCGCAAGGAGUUGGAUUCGCUGGGCUACAGUGGUUAA